AUGAAGCGAGGCAUUGACAUCGUCCAAGCUCUCAAAAACUCAAAAAGAUCAAAGUCGCUGGAUGAUAGCGUCGAAAGCAAACUCUCCAAAGCCAGCCCUGACCUAUCUCAAUAUGCGGCAGUCCAAAUCAGUAAAGAAGAUGUCACGGUGAAUCCUGAGGUAAAGAGCACGAUAGACAAUCAUAAAAAAGAACCGCCAUCUAUUGCAUCAAGCAUCAAAAAGUCACCAAAGACGGUAAUCGGCAAACACGCAAACUCAACCAAAAAACCAAAGAAGCGAACUCCGUUAGACCAGCAAUUCAUAGACUUGAAAAACGAGUACCCAGAUUGUGUCCUUGCCAUACAAGUAGGGUACAAGUACAAGUUUUUCGGUGUCGAUGCUGUUCCAGUUUCUCGCAUCUUGAACAUCAUGUUCAUACCAGGAAAUUUGACUGAGCGAGAUGCCACCCACGAUAAGUUUGCAUACUGUUCUGUUCCCGAUAACAGGCUCCAUAUACAUCUCCAGAGGCUUCUUACAAAUGGCUUGAAAGUUGCCGUUGUAUCACAAACAGAGUCAGCCGUGUUGCGUGAAGCCGAAUCUUCAAAAGGUCUCUUUUUGAGAGAAGUGACAGCAAUAUACACCAAAGCAACCUACAUUGAAGAAGGAUCUGGCGAUUUCAUCUCUUGCAUUACAUGGAACGGUACAUCUGCUGGUGCAGUCACCGUACAGCCUUGCACUGGUGAAAUAAUUGUUGAAGAUUUCAGUGAAAAAGAACCUGAAGCGUUAUCCGAGCUCCAAACCUACCUCCACCACUUACGACCAUCAGAGAUUAUUGUCACCGACAAUGAAGCUACAAAGGAGAACGAUAAAUUAUCGAGAUUGUUGAAAAGUUUCGGUGGAGCUCGUAUAUCUUACAAGCCAUUUGAUGAAGUUUCACCAAUUGAGGAGCUACUCCCAGCGAGUAUUGCAAAUUACUAUGUGACCAACCACAGCACUACAACCACACAAUGCAUUUCUCAGCUCAUCACCUACCUAAAGGACUUUAGUCUUGAUCAAAUAUUCACUGUGCCAAGCAAUGUCUCCAAGUUUUCCACUAAGAUGUACAUGAAUUUGCCAGGAAACACACUAAAGGCUCUUGAAAUAUUCCAAAAUUCUUCAGGGACCGAGAAGGGUACCCUUUUUUGGCAUCUCGACCAUACACAUACAAAAAUGGGGAGGCGAAUGUUGCAGAAAUGGGUUAGUAAACCACUAAUAGACAAUGCAAGCAUUCAAGAGAGGUUGGAUGCAAUAGAAUCACUUAUGAAUUACAAUUACGCCGUGGAAGUCUUCGAAGGCAUUAUCAAAAAAAUCGGCCGCGACGAGUCAGAUUGGGAAAAGUCGAUGAUUAAGAUUCAUUACACGGCCAAUGGCUCACAGAACCGUGUUACCCGUAAGGAAGUUGUUCAGCUUCUCCUUCAAUUCCGAUCUGUGAUCGAUACUGUUUACAAGUUCAAAAGCUCAUUCAAAGAUUCGAGUAUAUCAAAGUUGCUUCAAAGCAUGUUUCUGGAAUUAGCUGAACUAGCUUCGACUCCGAUCGUUAAUGACUUGCUAUCCAGGGUAAAGAUCGAAGCAGUUUAUCGUGAAGAAGUUGAAGACCAAAAGAAGGAGUUUUUCGAUUUGGAUUCCCACCCACACGAGGGAAUAAAGUCUGAGCUAAAUGCUAUUUCCGAACUCGAGCAAGCAUUACAAGACGAAUUAGUGGAAAUCAAAAAAAUAAUCAAAAAGCCAGUCGACUAUAUGACCGUCUCUCGUGAGCCCUAUCUUAUUGCGCUAAGAGGUGAUUCGGGCCCUCAGGACUGGCUUAAAAUCAGUGCUACAAAAACCGUAACUCGAUAUCGUCCACCCAAGGUAUCUAAAUUGUACAAAGAAUUGCUUUAUCACCAGGAAAAGUUGAUCCAACAGUGUGAUGAAGCGUUUGCUACCUUCUUGAAAGAUAUUGACUCCCACUACACUUACUUCAGUCGUCUUAUCAAGAUUGUCGCAGAAAUAGACUGCUUAUUAUCUUUGAAGGCUACUAGCUCAAGCAACUCUGGAUAUUCCAAGCCAAUUUUGUCUGACAAGCAGAUGAUUAAAGCAAAAAGAAGCAGGAAUCCUGUCAUCGAGAAUCUCACAUCCACGCUGCAAUACGUUGCCAAUGAUAUCGAAAUCUCAUACGAUGAAAAUAGGGUCUUGAUUAUAACGGGCCCGAAUAUGGGCGGAAAGUCAUCAUAUGUCAAGCAGGUUGCCUUGAUUGCGUUGAUGACGCAAAUAGGCUGCUAUUUACCAUGUGAAUCUGCCAUUGUCGGCAUUUUUGAUACUAUUCUCGUUCGUAUGGGAGCAGAAGAUAAUAUCCUCAAGGGCGAGUCUACCUUUAUGGUGGAAAUGCUGGAAUGCAGCACCAUCAUCAAGAGCCUUACAAAUAAGUCUUUGGUGAUUCUCGACGAAAUUGGCCGAGGUACUGGUACAGAAGAUGGUAUUGCAAUUGCAUACUCCAUCAUCAGCUACUUAAUCGAGGAACCUCGUCUUCCACUCACCCUUUUCAUAACACAUUAUCCUUCAUUGAAAGUGUUGGAAGACACACAUCCAAAAAAUGUUGCAAAUUACCACAUGGGUUUUAUGGAAGUGGCUAAAGCUGAUCAAGAGUGGCCGGAUGUGACCUUCUUGUAUACUUUAAAGCGUGGAGUGGUUAGCAAUCUGUACGGUUUGAAUGUUGCAAGGCUAGCUGGUAUUCCCUCUGAGAUUAUCACAAAGGCAUUCAAAGUUGCGGAAGCUUUAAAACAAGACAUAGAAGAUUCGGAACUUUCUUCUAUGGGACAAAUCUUGAAAAGUGAGCAAAGUAGUGCCAGCAAGUUGGUAGAGAUCGACAGAAUCGUCUCUUAUAUAUAG